UAUUGUGCUUCUGUUUUACUAAAAAAGCAAGGAUCUGUAUGUAAUAUUCAUUAAUCUGGAGAGGAAAUACAGUUGCAACUUGGAAAAGAGGUGAAAAAAACAUGUAUAAAAACAAUAGGGUCUUCGCCCUUUGGGCUCAGGCCCUAAUUAUUUAAAAUAAUUUAGAAGACAAGAAUCUUUGAGGACUUUGGAAAUACCUUUAGAACAGCAGUGACUGUUGCUAAACGAUCAUCAGGGUUUUUCAAGAAUAGCCAGAUUGUUUUUUGGAAAACUGGACACUAAACUCUGUGACUCCGAUGUAACAGUAACACAUGAGAGGCACAAACUGCAGCCAUCUCUCCCGGAUUGUGGCAUCAACCACACCCAUACACUUCCGAUAUCCCCACUUCUCCCUGCUGCUCCGUGGCACGGAUCACCCCUCAUACAUGUGAGUGGGCUGCAAGUCAAAUUAGCUCUCCGUCAUCCUGCUCGCUGAGCGCACCGGAGGCUACUGCGGUAAGAUGCGGCGUACGCACAAUGCCGAUGAGAUGAUGCGCAAUGGCCGAACGAGUGAGAGGGAGACACGGAGAAAAAAACACCUUUGUGGUGCUCUAAUUUAGACGCUGGGACAGGACUGAAUGCACGUUUCAUAGAUUUGUAGCCUUGUGGUUGCAGGCCGACUGGAAGGAUGCGGUGGCGCUGAUCCCGCUGAAGGAUGCUCCGGAGCCCGAGCAGGGUUGAAUAGGCUUCUGUAAAGAAUAAGGAAGCAGGGAGACGUUAAGUAAAGGACACUUAUUUCCAAGCCUGGACCUGAGACACCCCGGGGUUUCGAAUAAGGUUGUUUUGUGACAGCUGAGUCAGUCUUCGGUGACGAGAGGCCAGCCGACAAGGAGGGCACAGUGAAGCUCUGAAGACGCCAUCGCUGAGCAUGAGUCUGGAAGAAAACAAACUUCUCAUUAUCCUCUCUGUCAUCAGCACUGACAGUUGCGUGUCUGACCAGGGGCGUUUCUCCUCGUCAGAACGUAAAGGAGUGAUAAAGGGAAGCAGAGGCACAUCUCCAGCUCUUUGUCAAGAAAAUAAGUGAUUUGUUUUUUUGCUUUUUUUAAAAAAAAAAAAAAAAUCAGAUGUCUUUGCUUUUGUCAGAAGGAACUGUUAAAACAUGAAAUUAGCAAGAGAGUCAGCUCUCUCUUGCAGUGCCACAUUCUUCAUUGUCAGAGCGAAUCAUUAAGAAUUUCUUGAGAGUAUUUCAGCUAUUUCAUAAUGCUCUGUGUAUUUUUUUCAAAUGAUUAUCUUUCUACCUUUGAGCUGUCACACUCUGAGUCAAGAAUAGACUCUUGAUAGUGGCAGCGUUCCCUCUCACAAAUGAGAAUUCGACUCGACCUGACAGGCUGCAUUUUAAUAAAGGAUAAGCGAGGACGAAACAAUAAAACAUAGAUGAGGCCAACAACAGGCACCAUGCUCCAGCAGAAUAACAACAACAACUACCCCUGCCUGAAUAUGUCAGGCUCCACCCGGGAGAUGCUCCAGAAGUGCUCCAGAGCCUCUCUGCCUUUCCCCAGCCGGCUGGAGCUGGGUCUGGGAGAUUUGCCGCUGAUACGGGGCCUCCGAGCCUGGGCCCUGUGUUCCAAGAACCGCAGGAAGGCUGGAGGUCUGCUGGGAGGAGGACAAGCCCCCACAGCUCCACCUUCAGGCAGAGGGAGUUCAACUUCCUGCCCCAGGCCUGCAGAUGUGUACCUGAGCGGGGAGUGGGGUCGCAUGGGGUACGGGCUUCCCUUGGGGCUGGAUGCCAGACAGACUGGGAUCGGAGCUUUGGUAACAGUUGCCACUCUGAAGACGUCAGAGGGCAACGGGAAGACACAGACUCAAUGCCUCUUUCUCCGGACCGAGAAAGGAAGCUGUUUGUACUCAACGGCUAAGCCCGGUUCUGGUGUGACAACCAGCGCAGCCUCCAGUGUGGUCGGGGGAUGGCUGAGAGGGAAGACAGGAGGAGGAGGAGGCAGAGACACCCUAGCCGGGAGGAGGGACAAUGGGCCAACUCAGCCAGCACAGACUGGAGCAAACCGGGUUAGAGUGCGAUCUGGCCGGAGAUGGAGGAAGUCCGGUAAUGCAGCAGGCCGAGAGAAAACAGGCGCGAGCAGAGAGAGGCAGCAGAGGAGCAGGGAGGAUCCUGCUGGAGAAAUCACUGUGGAAGAAAGGCAGGAAGAGCAAGACAAAGGAGGCCUGGAUAGCAAACAGUUUCCCAGCCCGCAACAGGACGGCAAGCGAGCCAGACAGGAGAAAGAGGGGGCAUGCAGGAGUCCUAGAUGCUGCCAUAAUGCUUCUCCUAAAACCUGUACUCAGUGUGGAAGGAAAGCACGGAGGAGGGAGAGCCAGGAGGAGCAUGAGGAAGGUGAAAGUCCGAGGAGAGGCAUCCCAACCAGGCUGAACAGUGAGGUGAAGGGAAUGAGGAAGGAGCAGCAAAAGAGAGAGGAGGAAGAGAAGGAAGGCCUGCAUGGGUUAGAAAACUCUAACUCUGUUUUGGUUGUACCAAACCCUGACCUGGAAUCUAAACACUUUCGGCCAGACUCCCAAAGCGGCUAUGAUGUUGGAGAGAUAAGAUCAGCUGAGCAAAAUGAGGAGCCGAAGACGCAAACAACUCACAACAAGGAUUCAGAGAAAGAAGAGGAUACAAACAAUGGUUUCUAUUCUGAAAACCCCGGUGAAGAAAUAGUACCCAAUGUAAAUGGAUUUUCUGAUCAUGUGGGACUAGAUCGAGAAUCAGAGGAAGAGAUGGAGAGUGUGGAUGUUGAAGAGGAGCAAGGGAGCAUCAGUCAUACUCCUGCUGAAUUCUCAGUCGUGUCCAACUGCUUUGAGGACGUCUCCGUCUCCACCUCUCCUGCUUCCAUCAGCACUGCAGUCUCCCCUACCAGAACUACUGAGCCCUCCGCUCCUGUAGAGGGCAGCAUCCGUAAUGCAGGACAUGAGGCUUGUUGGGUUCAGAGCGAGCAAGAGGACAGCAAAGAGCACCUUGAGGGGUAUCAAGGGGAAGCAGACCCUGGGAUUGGGGGUGAAGAUGAACCGGAUGUUUGCAAAUUCGAGCCUCAUGACUUGUGCGGGAACAACACUGUGAACGAGAAGUUCAACAAAAACAGAAAACCUCUGUUUUUCUUUAAAAACGAGGACAACAACAGGCAACCGGAGGAGAGCGAAGCCUCCCCUCCAGGUCUCAGACACAAAGAUCCUUCCGUCGUUGAGACAGACAGUGGGAUCAUAACAGAUAACAGCGACAACUGUAGUGAAACUGAACAUAACAGAGCAGAGCGGAGAGAUGAGCUGGUGUGGGAAAAUAGAGGAGAUGAGUCAGAGGAAGAGAAUAUAAAGAAGAGAGUAAAUCCUGAGGAAGUGGAUGGAGGCGGGGAGAUUUGGAGGAGGGAGUGCACCUGCAGCGAGCUGAACGAUGUGGACGAUAAAGGUGAUGAUGAUGAAAAGUGGUACACAGAAGGAAAGAAAGAUGAUAGGGCCGUACAGGAGGAUAACUGUGAAGAAGUAAAGAGAAACUGUGCUCUGAAAGACAACUGGAGGCUACAGGAGCCUGCAGGAGACGGAUGCAGGAAGAAAGAUGAUGGAGACACCUGCGGACAAACAAACGGAGAAGUGAGCGGAGAGACCAGCGCUAACGUCACUAAUGCUGCCUGUGCUGAUUCCUCCACCUCUCUUGCACUCUCAGCGGCUAAUCCUGCCCCCUCUCUGCCCCCCCUGGGAUCCAUGGCAACCGGCCUGCCCUGUCUGGAGGCAGUGGAGGGGCGGGUCGGAACGACGGCAGGAGACGGAGAAGGAGGCCAGGAAGGGAAGAGGAGACACGGGAGAGAGCUGGAGAGCCCAGAGGAGACGCAGGGUGAGGAGGAGACCGUGGCCACUGAGGAGGGGAGGAAGGAGGAGGAGGAGGAGGAGGAGGAAGAAGAAGAUGAGUUUGGAGUGUUCAUGCAGGCGGAGGGAGAGCCGGCCUGGAGCAAGGGGUUCGCUAUGUCUGCCUCAGUGCCUUGUGGGAGCAGAGAGAGUGUUGCACUUGGAAACCACGCCAUCACCGGGGAGUCGACCCACUGGACACCAAGCUGGACGGACAGCUCACUCCACCAAUCAGACGACACCUGGACAGCCUUUUCUCAGGAUUUGUCAGAUGAAGGUCGAGACGUAGCGGGACAGUGGUGGCCGACCAGCGCUGCGGAGGAGAGGAAAGACGGACUCUCUGCGAAUCAGAAUCUGGUGGCUCUCUUUGCUGAGGCCUUCCCCUCGCUGCCUGACUCGUCCUCAAGUGACCCCUGUGACCUCGACACUGUUCCCACACUGACCCAGCUCCUCAGGGGCAGAGCCAGCCAGGACCAGGGGCUGUUGGACAGUUUCCACGACUUGAACAAAAUGAUUGGCCAGAGAUAUAAGAGAGCCAAUGGCGUGUCUCGUGACCUGCUGCUGAAGACUUUACACUUGGAGCACCCCCACACUGAAAGCAGACCUGUUCCCUGGACAGCCAAUCGCCGUCUCUCUCCCGGCCUCCCCUCGGCCAAUCAGCACGCUCAGAACGCUGCCGCUAAGCGACGGCUGUCAUAUGACUACAACAGAAACAUUAUGGAGUAGCUGUAGCGGGGUGCAGCUGUGGUCGGACUGAAGAACUGCAGGUUUUAACCCCAGCAGGGCAGAACAGAUCAUCUUCUCAAGACUCUGGAUUCACAACACGUGUGUCCCGUCUGCUCGCUCGUCUUUGGACUCAACUACUGAUUGACCUUUUGACUCUUUGCACACUCCCCUGGUUAUUUAAGCCUGUGAGUCAGUGAGAAGAUGUAACCUGUGAAAAUGAAGCGAUGCACUCCAGUUUUAUGUCAGAAGUUGUCUCCUCCAGGUCCUGUCGAUGUAUCCUGGCGGAGUGUUUUCAUUACACAUGUGCCACCUUGUUCACCACCAACCAACCUCCCAUUUCUGAGUUUCCUUUUAGACCCUAAACAACCCUAAAACAGCCGACUGAUUGUUUGGAGCGUGAUGACCUGCAGGUACAAGGUACUCGCCACCAUGUUGGAGGAAGCAUGCCUUGAUAUUUUCUUCUCUUUUAUUAUUAUCUGAGUAGAUUUAGAUUUAAUUAAAUGGAAAUAUUUCUGUCAGAGGUGCUGUUCAGGGUGGAAAUUGUCUCAUUGUUUAAUUUAAAUCUAAACUAGUGGAGCCAAAAUACCCAUAACUUGGAAAGAACAAACUUAAAGAUUUAUUUUAAAUCAAUAUCACAUCAUUGUUUUUAGGUUUGUAUGCUUACUGACUGUCUUAACUGUAUAGGUGCAGGCAAUUAGGUCAUCUAGGCUAACUAGCAAACCUCAUUCUUUGUGGGUACAUAUACAUACUGUAUAUUCUUUUUUACUUGGCAGCACUUUACACUUCUUCUCUUAAUUUUUCCCCCUUUUACCACAAGUUUCAGUCAAAAUAUUGUCUGUUUGACUCCACCUUCUGAUGUCUAACUCUACCAAAGAGAUUAUUUCUUCCUCUAGAGCAGCUCUGUCAGAAAGAUUCGUAGCACUGAUGCAGCAUUUAUGUCAUAGGCGGAAAUGGAGGGAAGCAACUGAUUUCUGUUACAACUUACAAGCAUUCAAAUAAUCAGUUAACUGAAUCACUUUAGCAGUGAGCUACAGUUUAUGAUGCUACAGGGGAUUCAACAAUAUUAAUAAUUUUAGUCACUGUGAAAGAGGAACAUUUGCUUUUCAGCACUUCUGUAUUAGUCAGUUCCAGGUUGGAUAUAAAAUACUAAAUCCCAACUUAUCUUUAGAGUUAGAGUAGCCAGAAAUGAUGUUUUUGUUUUGUUAAAGAACAAAAGAAAAUGACAAACAUGGUGGCUUGACCCUUGUAAUGGCUGGUAAUCUUUACUCAAACUGGCUGUAAUGUUAGUUUUUCCUCCCUACAACAGAUAAACCUAUAGUGUAAAAGUCUGUGCGGACGCCAACAUAACUCUACAGACGUGGAUGUCAGCUGGAUUCAUGCAAAUGUCACAACUCAUUUAACUUCCUUUUCUUGUUUUUGAAAGUCACAAGUAACAGAACAUUGUGUUAUCACACUGAAAAAACAAAGUAAAGCGUUAUUUUCCCAAAUAUGCCAGUUAUAAAGUCACUUUCAGAGUGCUAACGACGGCUCUGGAUGUGAUUAUCACUCUUAAAUUCUGUUUUACUUUUUCCAGAGUGAUGCAUGUGCUUUCAUUGUGUGUUUGCUACAACAAGGAAUUAACCUUAAACUUGUUUUGCUUCAUCAGAGAAACCAGUUUGUCUUCCAGUUUGUGCCAACAGGAGCAGCCAGUGAACAAGCCAGUGUUUGCAAGGUUACAGCAGCGAAUCAGACACAUUGGAGAGGAAAUGUUGCCUCGUGGUUUUUCAGACACACUGAAGUGGACUCAAACAAAAAUUCUGGCAUGUGACGUUUCUCUUUUUUUUUGUUCUUUCUGUCUGGCUUCCGCUCUGCUUAUCUCAUUCAGUACAUUCAUUUGAACGCAACACUGUUGCAAAACUUGAAUCUAGCUGCCAAUCAAAACAGUAUUUUCUUUUUAUAAUAUUGUUCACAUUGUGACCAUUUCAGUGACACACUGUACAUUUUUAAUUUAGACAUACUAUCACAUAUUAUCACCUCAGACAGUUGAUUUUGCUCUAUGUUGUAUAUUUCACUCGUCAACUCAAAUCAUUUGUGAUGAAAUUCAGAAACAAUCUCGUGUGUGUGUGUGCGUCUGCCAUUUGUACAAACUAUAAAUUCCUGAAAAGAAAAAAGAUAAAUAUUUUCUGAUCUGUUCAAAUGAGCAAGAAGGAUUUGUCGCCUUGUUAACUGACAUAAUAAAAUGAUACUGCGUGAUGACUGACGCUUCCUCAUGACGUUCAGAAGUUCAUGUGUAGUGUAUAAAUGUUUUGUUUCAUUUCCACCAGUUUGCACGCAAGUUAACCACUACAAGAUACUCAACACCUUUGUCUGGGCCUUUUGGAAGAGAAUUGAAACUGUCUACUUCCUAAACAGAUCUAACUGUUUUAAAUGAAACAAUGGAUGGAAGCACCUCACUAACGUCUUGUU